UUGUUGUGCGAAAUAGCCCUCCAGUGAGAUAUUGAUCUGUGACUAAAUUUCAAUUUGUACCAUGGACAUGGUGAUCAACGAGUCGAUUACUUUAUAUAUAUUUUACAAUUUAUUACAUCAUGUAGUGAUGUACAUGUAUACUGGUACUGUAACAUCAUGGAAUUUAUAAUUUUGAUCCAAUAGGGAAGUUGCCAUUCACAGAUUACUAACUCAGCAGAAUCGUCGGGCCAACAUAAAAAAGAAGAAGAAAAACUGUUUUUAAUUGAACUUCCAAAAAAUGUAAAAUGCAUCUUGAAAGUGAGUUUUAUACUGGGCCAGUUACAGCUCUGUGGUGCAACAGAAACUUCUUGUUAGCUGGCCUGGGAAGUUAUGUUUGGGUGUACACACUUGAAGAUCGAGGCCUGAUACAGAGGAUAGAUGUUCUCCCUGCAAGGGUGGUCCAUGGCUUUAUUCAAGACCCUCAAAAUGACAGACAUGUCUGCGUUUAUGGACAGAAGUCACUACGUGUUUUACAUCAGGAUUCAUGCACUGGUCAACUAACAUGCACGGGAAAAUUGAUGGAACUCCAUGACUGGAUUUGGGAUGUUGGUUGGAUCGAGGGCAGUGGUCAGUUAUGUGUGGCCCUUGGUCACAAUGAAGUAGCUACAGUGGAUAUAGCAAGAGGUCAGAUAUUGACCUCUGUCCACUGUUGGGACAAAUGUAUUCUUUACUGUGGCCGGUUCCUGGCAUGUUCCCCAGGCUGUAUUGUACUGGCAGCUGGAACCGUCUUCAAUCAUGUUGUGAUCUGGAGUCCCCAUAGCAUAAAGGAAACCGACGGAACUGUGAAGCCCUUUCACACGCUCACUGGUCAUCAGGGUGUUAUAUUCAAUGUAGACUACAGUCCCAGCCUUCAGCUGAUAUGUUCUGUAUCAGACGAUCGCAGUAUUCAACUGUAUCGGGUUAAAUUUGCACAACCAAUGACAACUACGGACUUGGACAUUUGGAAGACUGUUGACUGCUCCCUCAUACACACCCUGUAUGGCCAUUCUGCACGUGUUUGGGAUGGAAAGUUGCUAGAUGAUUGUAUUGUUAGCGUCGGAGAGGAUUCUACAUUGUGCGUCUGGUCAUAUGAGGGGCAGAUAAUUCAGAAACUAAAGGGACAUAAGGGUAAAAGUAUAUGGAGUUUAUGUGCGGGGAAGGGGAAUAACACUGACAUUAAGGGAGGCAAUCAAGAAUACUCCAAGGGAAGGAACUCUGUUGUCAAUAGGGAAGGCAUUCAAGACCAAUCAAUGGCCAGCAACUCUAGCUAUCUUAAAGUCAAAGGAGAUGAAGAAAACAGGGAAAGUAACCUGGUUUUUACUGGUGGGGGAGACAACUCUAUAAGAAUGUGGAGGUUACAGAAUCAACAGGAGGUUCACUUGAAGAAUGAGACACACACAUUGAAUCUACAGCUUGACUCUCCUGAUUUUCCCAGGAACACCUUGCUGCUGGAUGUACACAGGGUGAUUGUGAUCACAAAUGCAGGGCAUUUACUCAUGUACCAUCACUUGACCAAUCAGAGACAAGUAUUGAUGUCAGAUGACAAGUUUGCCUCAUAUACAGAACUGAGUGUGUCGCAAUGUAAAUCCUUCAUUGCCAUUGGUAACAUUCGGGGAACUCUGCGUGUUAUUGAUAUUACUGAUUCCAAAUCAGUCACACAGACAGAUGUGCAGGCAUGUGAGGGAAAAAUCCUCAGCAUCGUAUGGUUGGACACCUCCAUACUGCUAACAACAGGUCCUAGUGGCAUCAUGGAUAUGUGGAAAUAUUCUGGCCACAGUUUGACAGGGUUUUCACAAUGUGAACUGCCACACAGUAAACAGCGAUUUGUUACUUCGGCAACACUGGUAGAUCACCUUGACAACCAGAUGCUUGUUUGUGGAGACAAGAUGGGGAGUGUCUAUGUUUACAUCUUAGAUUUCAAUGAAAAGAAAGGCACACUUGUGCAUACAUUCCCACGUCUCCAUGGUAGAGCAGGCGUUACCCACAUUUGUUGCCAUGGUAACCACAUCUACUCCGCAGGAAGGGAUGGUACAUACAGAGUUUAUGAGUGGGCAGAGGAUGAUGAGCUGGUGCUUUUAAACAGCAAUAAGGUUUGCAAAGGAAUGGACUGGAUCGAAAGACUGGAAUUUUCUGAUGACAGUUCUGAAGACAUUCAAGUUCUUGGGUUUUACACGGAUCUUUUUGUUGUGUGGAGCGUUCAACAGAACCAGAAACUUCUGGAGGUCAAUUGCGGUGGAGGUCACAGGGCCUGGGACUUUUGUCGCCAUGGAAACACAGCAACAUUCGUGUAUGUGAAAGCAAGAGAGGUCAAGGUCACUAAAGUGGCUACUGAGUCCAACCAAUUUAUAUUAAAGGGAAGUCUUCAUGGUAGAGAAUUAUGUGAUGCCAAACAUGUGGCCUCAGGACAGGACACAGAUGGCAACCCUGUUCAUGCAUUGGUGACCUGCAGUGAAGAUACAGCUGUCUGUCUGGCAUUUUUACACUAUGAAAACGGGUUUCCAACUCUUAAAGUGAGCCACACCCUUACUAGUCAUAUUUCCAGUGUGCGAUGUUUGGCAGUGUGCCAAUCAAGUAUUCAAUCCCAACAUUCCUCAGCAAACAGGAAGUUGAUCUUUAGUGCUGGAGGUAGAGCACAGCUGCAAAUAUGGAGGACAGAUGUGAAAUUUAAUCAAGAUUUUGACACAUGUAGCAGCAAUACAUUUACAAAAGAAGGUGCUAACUCUUCAGAAGGACGGCAGUUUUUCCAAGAUGCAGACACUGCUUUUAACAAAGAGACUCAUAGUGAUGAAAUGGUGUCCUCACCAAACUUCUAUCAUGAAAGUCUAUGUGGACUUCAGUUGAGUCAAAUAGGGAAGAGAGUUAAAAAGCCUUGGAGAUUUCCAGUAGAGAACUCUGACCCUGAGACAAGAAUUCUUGAUUUGACUGUUAUUCAGCAAGAAAGUUCACCAUCACUGUUUCUAAUUGGUGCUGCAUGCUCGGAUGGUAUUGUUCGACUGUUGUCAUUCAACGAAGAGUCAAGAAAUAUCUCAAUUAUAGCUACGUCUACCUGUGGUAGUCAUUGUAUUUUAAAAGUAGGUCAUGUGAUCAUUCCUAGCCAAUUAGAUUGCAUAGUGCCAUUGCCUAGCAACCAGCAAAGAAUCCUUUUACUGUCAGCUGCAGCGGAUGGUUAUGUCAGUUUUUGGGAUGUUACAAAGUAUUGUGGAUCUCUGAAUGGAAGUGAAAGUUGCUUAAGUGAAAGUGUAGAAAAUGAUUGCUCUGAGAGUCUUUCAAAUGGAACAUCGGAUGUUGUAGACAAUUUAAACACUCUCGUCAAUGAAGAAGGCAGUUCACCGCAUAAAGAAAGCAGAGAUUGUAAAAUUGGAAGUGAUGUCCAAGAUACAAGAAACAACAGUAAACAUGAUACUUACAGAAGCAGGUCUUCUGAAAACCUUUCAUCAAAUGGCAGUUUGUCACCAUUGCAAAGAAUCAAUGUGCAUCAGUCGGGGAUCAACAGCCUUCAGCUCAUCAAACAUGGCAAUAUGUAUAUGCUAUUGACUGGUGGUGAUGACAACGCAAUCAAGGUCACACUGGUUGCUAUAGAAACCAUAAUAGAGAGCAAGGUUAAGGUCAUGAAGUCUGGAGGUCACUUGAGUGCAAACAGUGCGCAGAUAACAGGUAUAUGGUCGCUGACUGAUGACUUACUCUUGUCAGCUUCCAUAGACCAGCGAUUGUGUGUUUGGAAGCUAGAUGUGACUGAGGACAAAUUGCAGUUGCAGUUUAUCAAUGCAUACUACACAUCUGUGUCAGAUGUUGCGAAUAUUGAUGUGUGGAAACAGGGAGAAAAAUGCUUUGUCCUGGUGUGUGGAGUUGGGCUGGAACUGGUCGUUGUUUCUGAGGAGAUGACGGGAACGGAUUGUAGUUCUGUUAAACUUGAUUCGUGAAGUUUAUCGCUGAAUGUCUUAUAUUUGCAAUAAAUCUUA